CUCCUCUUUUCCCUUCACAACUAUCUGGGCUUCCCUUCUCCCUUCCUUUUUCUUCUUCUUUUUUGUCCUUUCAGUUUUCGUUCUUUGAGGGUGUUCCCCUUUUUCCAAGGGAUCUCCGACCGGUGUAUCCCGUCCCCUCGCGCCCCCUCCCCUCCUGGAUUCGACCAUGUUCAAUUGAAAUCGCUUCGAGUCGGGAUUUCGCGUCUGAGACAUUUGUUUUGUUUCUCCGAUCUUUGACGUGCCGAAUAUCGUGGAUCUGGGGACUUGAGAACUGCAGUGCAGCUAUCUUGAGCUUUGGGUGUUCGACGCGUCUUUACCCCUGGGCAACAUCGAUUGCGCGUUGAAUUGAGUGCGACCGGUCGCCAACCCCUCGAUUUUCACCGUGCCCUCUCGCGCCAAUUCUACGAAUCGCAGUUACCAAUUUCUGCCUGAAGCUGCCUCGGGAGUCACACAAGCUCAGGCUUUGCGCAUCCAUCAGAAGCCACUUCUGAGGCCGGUCCCGAACAGCUUCUUCGGCUAUGAGCACUUCCCGUCAGCCGGCUGUGCUCCCCACCCAUGCUUCACCAGGAUCGACCAGCGCCGCGUCUCCCUCCCAAAAGAAUGCUCGCACGGCCUACCCCGACAUGUUAGGUACGCCACCGGUUCCUCCGCCGCGAACCUCGUCAACAAACCACAGCCGUCGGAGUCCGAACGGAGCGUCGGGAGAAAAACAAUCUUCCCGAGGAAAGAGCAGGUCUGAGCGAAAGGAACACCGUGAGCGCCCACGUGAAGACCGAAACGGCAAAUCACGGAGACACCAGGGAGAGGAGACAUCUCGCGAAGUUGAGUCAAGAACAGCGCCACCGGUCCAAGCCGAGUCAAUGGAGAUGCCUGAGGGGAAUCUAGUGAAGGAGUCCAGUGCAGUGCUCAACUCUGUUAAAGUCAGCGACCCUGUCGUGGAUCACGAAAGAGAGCAGGUCCGACAAGUUGGUGCAUCCGCAGAGCAUGCCCCCUCAUCGGGCUUGACAGCUGGGUCCGAUGGCGCAGAAGAGGCUCGCGGGCCUCGCAGUCGACAUGAUUAUAACAACGGAAAUGUCGUGAAGCGCAAGGAGACUACUUUCGGCUCUUACAUUCUUGGGCAAACCCUCGGUGAGGGUGAGUUCGGAAAGGUCAAGCUGGGUUGGAAGCGAGAUGGUAGCAUCCAAGUAGCUAUCAAGCUCAUUCGGAGGGACUCACUGGGAACCAACCCCAGCAGACUACCCAAGAUCUACCGUGAGAUUUCCAUUCUACGCGAUCUUGCACACCCCAACAUUGUGCGCCUCCAUGAGAUGGUGGAAACCGACCGCCACAUUGGUAUCAUCAUGGAGUACGCGUCAGGAGGUGAACUGUUCGACUAUAUCUUGAACAACCGGUACUUGAAGGACAAUUCCGCGCGCCGACUGUUUGCUCAGCUGGUUUCGGGAGUUGGCUAUCUGCACAAAAAGGGAAUCGUUCACCGUGAUUUGAAACUGGAGAACUUGCUUCUCGACCGGAACCGCAACAUAAUAAUUACGGAUUUCGGAUUCGCCAAUACAUUCGACCCAAUGGACCCGCUGGACGAGGAGAUCGAGUACAACCUGACCAACAAGGAAUAUGUCAAGCGAAAGCGCCUAGACAAGGUUAACAGCAAUGGGUUGCGCCGAGGGGAUUUGAUGCAGACCAGCUGUGGCAGUCCCUGUUACGCCGCUCCUGAGCUUGUUGUGAGCGACUCCUUGUAUACAGGUCGGAAGGUGGAUGUGUGGAGUUGCGGAGUUAUCUUGUAUGCCAUGUUGGCUGGAUACCUUCCCUUCGAUGACGACCCAGCAAACCCCGACGGCGACAACAUUAAUCUUCUGUACAAAUACAUCAUCACCACACCUCUCACAUUCCCAGAAUAUGUAACACCACAUGCGCGCGAUCUUUUGAGGAGGAUACUGGUUCCCGACCCGCGGAAGCGUGCAGAUCUGUUUGAGGUUGCCCGGCACAGCUGGCUAAGUGAAUACUCGCACGUUGUGUCUCAUAUCACAAGCAGCACAACAAAUGUUGCGGACAUUGCCAACACAACAAUUACUUCCGAAACACAAAAAGAAGCCCCCCUCUCACCCGAAGUGCCUCUCAAUGUUCCAGCUGUUGGUGGUCUGAACCACCAUGCUGGAGACAUUUCGCAAGACUCGCCAUCCGAAAAGUCCAAAACCACUCGCGAUGCCAAGCGAAGAACGGUCCAAGUCGAGUAUGUCGCCCCUCAGUCACAAACGACGAGAGGAGAACCUCCAGCAGAGCCGUCCACCUCACGCCGAGCCCCAGCUCCAUCAGAACCACCAAUGGCGCCGGUGCAGCAGCCAGCAGAGCCAGUCCAAAAGAAGGGCGGAGACGCGCCGGCGCUCAACCUCAACAAGCCCCUUCCAGGAUACUUCCCGCGCUCGACCUCGGACAACGCAGCACUCACUGGAUCGCACACUGUUGCGUUGCCUUCAGGUGCACGGCCCGCCACUGGUGGCUCCAUGGCUUCCUUCAACAACGCUGGUCGUUUACCUUCUCGCGGUUCCUACGGACAGCCGGUGGCUCCUACUGUUACCGCAACUAAUACCGAAGGCCGCCUGGCACAGCCCAAGAGCAGACAAUUCACCCUUCCCCAAGAACCAGAGGCAUCUACUACAUCGAUCGGCCGUCCAAGCACCCAGGUAUUGCCUUCAACAUUCAACACGACGCCUCGGCAAGAGCCACCAAAGGGCCACAAAAGGUCAAACACUGUUUCUAGCCUUGGCGAGAAACUUUUGGACGCUCUGGGUCAAUCUUAG